ACCAAGCAGAAGUACCUAGCAAGAAGAGCACAACUGCAUCUUUGGCUACAGUCAGACUGAGGAUGGAGCUAUUUGCCUCGGUAUUAUGCCUGGCAGAAAAACUAAUGCUAAAGCAACAGUCUGAUGACGAAGCAAUUGAGAGACUGUUUUCAGAAAUUUCCAACAUUCAAGAUCUCCCUAAAAUCAAUGAUCCACGGGUGGAAGAGUGCGCUGUCCAACUGUGGAACUGGGCAGUUACCAAAAAUGUGGGGAACAACAUCAGCAAACAUCUAAAAGCCAAAGUGCGCCAUGUUGCAUGCACUCUUCUGUAUUGCUGUGAGGCAGAAAGACCAACAGAGGGCACUCUGCGCAAACAGAUACUGAUGGCUAGUAAGACAGGAAGGACCUGGUUGGACUGCAGAAAUCCCCAGAUGGCAAACACCUUUCUGAAAUUGGCUGUAAAGAGCCUGGAAAUAUUACAUGGUCAACUUAUAUCUCGAGCUGUUGGAGAUGAUGAUGUUCACUCAUCCAAGAAUGAUGUGGAGAAGGAAUUGUUCCGCAUCCUCUCAUACCAGGCAGAGUCGUCAAUAUGCCAAGGCAAUAAUUAUGAUGCUGUGGCAUACAUGAAGCGAUGCAACGAGAUGCUUUUGCGGCUCCCUAAAGAGACUGCGUACCUGUCACUGAUGUGCUAUAACUUUGGCAUUGAUAUGUACAGUUUCAAAAAGUAUGAGGAAAGCUCUUUUUGGUUAAGCCAGAGCUAUGACAUUAGUAAAAUGAAUGAGCCUUACUCUCCUGGACCAGAGGUCAAGGCUAAGAUUUUGAGACUUCUCGCUACAGUCUAUCUGGAGUGGGACUGUCAAACAUUUAAGGAGAAAGCCCUUAAUGCUGUAUCUUUAGCCAAUAAGGAAAGUGCCAGUGUGUCUGGCCUGUACUUAAAAAUCAGAAUACUCCAGAGAUGUGGUGCCUCCGAGGAUCAAAUCAGAGCCGGACUUGAUGAGAUGCUGCAGUCAGAGGUCUCCCUUGAUGUAUGUCUGAACACUGUCAGAUUACUUUUAUCAGAUAACAGAGAGAUCAUUGCCUUUGAGUUUUUGAGGCGAGUGUGUCAGCAAUUUGAGUCCUCUCCUGACCUGGGCACAGCUUUAGUUUUCCACAUUGAGUUGCUUCUGCAGAGAGGCAAAGAGCUUCUGGGCAAACAGAAGAUUGAGGAUGUCAUUACUCGCCAUUAUACAAGUAACCAGCUGACACCACAAGCCCUUUCUACGCUUCAUGUUUUGUUAUGGGAUAAAGCAGCCAAGCAUUUUGAGGUCCAGAAUUUUUCUGAAGCUUUGCAAUGGUACAACUACUCCCUAAGUUUUUUCAAAGCAGGGCAGACAGACACCACCCUAGCCAAAUUGCAAAGAAACAGAGCUUCCUGUUUCUUGCACCUAAAACAGCUAGAAAAGGCUAAAGAAGCAGUAGGAGAAGCAGAGAGGUGUGAUCCAGACAGUAUUUUCACUCACUUUAGUGUUUACAAAAUUGCUGUGCAGGAAAACAAUAGUGAGAAAGCUUCUCAAGCUGUAAAUGCAAUUGGACUUCUGUCCAAGAAUCCUCUGGUAGCUGAGGGCAAACUUCUGGUGUCAGACAAUGCCUUGUCCUCUCUCCUCAAUCUCGCGGCUCAGAUUGCUUUAGAGAAUGAACAACUGGACACUGCAAUGAAAGCCCUCGAGAGUUUGUGUGAAAACUCCAAAGAUGAUACCCAAGUUCUUGCUGCUCUCAGGUGUCUGAUUCGACUGGUGCUUUCCAAAAUGGAAAAGUCCUGUGAUGAGCAGAGGGGGGUCAAUCUGGACAUUCUGCUACCAUAUUUAAAAAUGGCUUUGAAGAAACUUUCACAUCAAUCAAAUGUCACCACAGAGCAGAAGACUGAAGAAGCAAACUGGUUUAGAAAGAUUGCAUGGAACUCUGUCCUGCAGUGUGAGGCCAGCCCUGAUCGGAUGAGAGAUUUCUUUAUGCUCUCCUACCAGCUAUCCCAGCUGUGCCCUCAAGAUCGCACCGUUCUCAUGGGUCAGAAGACAUGUCUGCUCAUGGCUGCUGCAGCCUCCUUAGAGAUCUAUAGAAAAUCACCCGAUUUUGACCAGACAGAAGAGCUAACCCAGGCUUUAGAGCAAAUUCAGAUAUGCUCUGAGGUCUGGAAAACCCUGAAGACAUCUGGGAGCUUUCCAAUGGACCCCACAGACACAUUGCUGCUGUUAUAUGAGUUUGAGGCCCGUGCAAAGCUCAAUGACCCUAAAAUUGAAACAGUCCUAGAGUCAGUGCUUGAGUUGGAAAACAUUGAAGCCAAAGUGCUUGAAACUGUUGCAGCUUUAGCCAUGGAGUCUCCUGCCCACUUUCCGUUGCUGUGUAAGAAAGCCUUGAGAGCCGCUCUUUCUCUACAUAAGAGACAAACACAGAUCGACAUAUCCCGGUGCAGGUACCUACACAUGACACCUGUGAAGGCUCCCUGGUUCCUUUACAACCUCCUUCUCAUGCGGAACCCCCACAGCCAUCGUUUAUCCCAGCCCGACCUUCAAACCGACCCAGACAGCAUAACUGAAACGGGCACUGCCACGUGCGACCCUAUCUCUUACGAGAACGCAGAAGCGCCCCCGUGA